CAUUGGUUGUCCUUUAUAGAGGAUCGCGACGAUGACUGAAGACAAAGAGCGCUACAUCGCCGAGCUUCGCAGUCAGGGUCUAGUCGUUCUUACCAAGGCGGAACACAGCGCGAACGAGGAGUACAAGGAGGCGAUCGCUCACUGGUCCGAUACCGCUCGGCGGGAGGCUCAGUACGUCUUUUGUCCGCGCGAUGCCAACGAGGUCUCCAAAGCCAUUGCGUUCGCCACGAAGUUCAGCCUCGAGAUCGCCAUCAAGGGCGGCGGACACUCGUGCUCGGGCGCGUCAGCCAGUAAUGACGUGCUGAUCGACCUUGGAAAGCACAUCAACACGGUCGCGUAUAACGAAAAGGAGCAGCUCGUCACAGUUGGUGGCGGGGCUGUCUGGCAGCAGGUCGACGAGGAGCUGAGCAAGCACGGCCGGGCGACGGUGGGCGGGACUGUGCAGAGUACGGGUGUUGGAGGCCUCACCGUUGGCGGAGGAUACGGAUUCCUCAGCGGCCAGUACGGACUCGCCAUUGAUAAUCUCGUUAGGGCGCAAGUUGUGCUCGCCGACGGAACGAUUGCGAACGCGGACGACAAAGGUGUUUACAUGGACCUGUUUUGGGGCAUCAGAGGCGGUGGAUCGAACUUUGGCCCGGUCACUUCGUUUACGUUCAAGACACAUCCAGUGGGCCAAGUAUGGACUGGACUUAUGACGUUCCCUCCAAUUCUACUCGAGCCGUUCUUCAAUGCUGCCCAGAGCUGGUUCAGGCAGGCCAAGGACAACGAAGCAGCCAAUAUCUUCAUAGGCUGCAGUCCACUAGGGCCCGGACUCGUUCUCCUGCCAUUCUACAAUGGAAGCGAAGAAGACGCAAAGAAGAGCUUUGGGGAGUUCCUCGCAAUGAACCCAGGCAAUGGUCCACCCGGGACCGAGAUUGGGAUGCACCCGUACAUGUAUGCGAAUACACUGCAGAACUUGAUGACAACCGCUGGAGACCACAAGGCGUUCAAGGCGACGAAGUUCAACCACUGGGAUAUUCCACGCUUCGAGAAGCUGUUCAAGGACUUUUCCCAGCUGGUUGGCGCGGAGCCUUCAGACGAGCAGGACGUCAAGGACCUUGCCGCAGACCCAGCUAUCACGGGGUCGUCAGUCGUGAUAGAGUUUUACCCACACAAUCAUAUUGGAAAACUCAAGUCGGGGGAUACAGCGUUUGCGAAUCGUGCUGCCGGGUUCGGGAUGCUGUUCGUCCCAAGGUGGAAAAAUCCCGACCUGAAUGAGAAGGCGCUGCAGUGGGCUCGUGCCAGAGCGGCUGAAGUUGAUCAACGGGAGGAAAAGCUCGGCGGCAGCGUAAAAGGCAAGGGCGGGGAGGGCACGGAAGGGUAUUCUAACUACGGGAGCGGAAAUGAGAGGUCACAAGAUGUAUUCGGAGGCAACUAUGCGCGGCUUCAGGGGCUGAAGGCGAAGUAUGAUCCUGGAAAGGUGUUCAACAAGUGGUUCCCCAUUGAGCCAACAAAGGCUUGAGAACUGGAUGAAGUGUAUAGGAUUAAGAUGCUGUAAUAUAUGUACAUAAUAACAUGAAGUGUUGCAUCGCGCUG